AUGAGUUUUAAGAUGGAAGAAUUAUACAUUGACAGCACAUUGAUGAGCCUGAGCCUGUUGCUUGUGGUGGGGUAUCACGCGCAUCUGUGGCAAUGCUUGAAGAAGAAACCUGAGAAGACGACCUGGGGAAUCCAGCGGGAGGGCCGCAGAGCGUGGCUAGAGCUGGCGCUGCAGCUGGAGGGUGGCAGCAUGCAGGUGGUGCAGAUCUUGAGAAACAAUCUGAUGAUCAUAAUCCUCAGAGCUUCCAUAUCAAUCGCUGUAAGCUCCUCCGUGGCAGCCCUCACCAACAAUGCUUACAAAACCCAACAACUAUUCCGAAGCGGAACUCAAUCGAGCGCCGCCAAUAGUGGGCUGUUCGCUGUGAAAUAUGCGGCCGCCUUUGUGGUGUCAGUGUCGAGCUUCCUAUUCAGCUCAUUUGGGGUGGGGUUUCUGAUCGACACCUGCAUGUUGGUCAGCACUGCAACUGCAAGCACCCACAUACAGAGACUGGUGGACACAGGGUUCGCCUUGGCUUUUAUAGGCAACCGCUUGAUGUGGCUCAGUUUCGCCCUCUUGUUAUGGUCCCUUGGUCCUAUUCCGGUCGCCCUCUGCUCCUUCGCAUCGGUUAAAGUUGGUAAUGUUGAUGCAUUACACUUGAUUUUAGUUGUAUACUCCAUUAUGAUAAAGUUAGUGAUUGUUGGGCAUUGGCCUGAGGUCACUCGCCUUUCGCCUUAG